AUGGACCUCAUCUACUUUCGAUUUUUGGUAGAAAUAGCAGAUAUGGGGGAACGCAUAGACACAUGUAUAAUAGGUCUACUGAGCAUCAUCAUCAUCGACAGAAUGACAUCAGUAUUCAACACCGGUGCUUCACUGCUGUACAACCAUGAUUUAUUUGAGAGCCUUAUUGUAAAGAAAAGGGCAAAGAAACUGACAACAAGAUCGCCACUGACAUCGGAUGGCAGCCAUAUCUUGUGCUGCCUCCAACCAGGCGAGUUAGGAUCACGCGGUCCCCAUCCUGGAAGGCGAGUAGCACCGACAGCACCCAAGCGUUUCGUGAUCUCCUUUAUACUCCUCUGCCAAAUCAAGGGUUGGCCACCUCUGCUUCAGCCACUCUGA